AACGUUCGAGUUAGCAAACAGCAACCGCAAAGCCCACGUCGCAUCCUGUCUUACUAACAUCGCGAACGCGUUUUUUAAACACCGAAAAGGAGACCCUACGUGGUGCUAGGCCAAGCAGACACCAACCCCACUUUCCGCACAGGUUGGCAGCUCUGAAGCGUCUCGUGUGACCAGCCAACCAAUCAGCUGAUCGGUGUUUACAUAAAUUACAUUCCUCCUACGGUCCUACCAGAGCAGCAGAUCAGUCUGGAGUUGCAGCCCACAAGAGAAACACCGACAUGGCGACACCAGGCAAAGGAGCACCACUCAGCCAAGGGCAAAAGAAAUUCCUGCUGGAGCUGGUGUCGGAGAAGCCUGUCCUGCAGGACAAGUCUCAUGGGAUGGCGGUCACCCUUGAGAAGGUCAAGGCGUGGCAAGAGAUUGCUGCAGCCUUCAGCCUGAAUUACCCGGCCGAUCCCAAGUCGGAGAAACAACUUAAACGAGCAUGGGAAUACACGAAGAUGAGGGCAAAGAAGAACCACAGCCACCGUGUGCAGCACAUGUUUGCAACUGGUGGAGGGAAAGCCAUGCCUUCACCACCUAAAGAAGACCAGCUGAUCAUGUCAACCCUCUCGCGGGAGCUGGAACCUGCGACCCAGCAGUGUGACACCCUGGAUCCAAACAUUGUGGUCGUGGAUGCCUCUGAAGUUGAGCAAUGGCAGCCAGAGGUUCCUUCGUUUGUGAAAACCAUUCUACGUAUUGUGGAAUAUGCUCAUCAACAAGACGCCUCGGAACAUGACUUCUUUCUCUGAAUCGUGGUUUAGUUUAUUCCUAAGGAAUAUGACUUAAGCACUUAUAGUCCAGCCAAAUUGUCGAGUCCGUUUGGGCUCUGCCACACAGUCCCAACACCUAUCUCUUCCUCUCAUAUGUAAGGUAAAGGUAACAUAUGAUAGGAAAAAAUAGGUGUUGGGACUGUGUGGCAGAGCAGAGGGGAGAAAUGGACCCGCGGGAGCCUAUGCCCAAACGGACUCGACAAUUUGGUUGGACUAUAAUUAGAAUUAAUUAAUAUCUUGCUACUUUUCAUAUGAUUCUAUGUGACUCAUACAUUUUAUCAAUAGAGUAAUAUCAUGAUAGUUACCACAGUCCAGUUUCGAGUGUAACCUUCUUUCACUGCUUUUCUAAAUUAUAGUUAAUAUUAUUACUGUACAUCAGUGAUCUUUAUCUGACUUCCGCAUGCACAUCAAAUAUGGUCAAAUAACUAUGUUUUGUUGGUAUUGCCUGAGUUGGAUUGUUGCUUAUCACAGCUUUGACCUAAACUCUGCACCCUUUCAUGUUUAGUUUAGUUCACAUCAAUAGCGGUGUGGCUGAUCCACUAUACAUUGAGGACCUUCUCUUUCCCGUCAGGUGCUGUGGGGGUUAAGAGAGUGGUGUGCUUAGUCUUGUAGGGGGAUUGCCAAGUUAUGUAGGUAUUGAUAUCAAUCUCCAUUCCAGAAUUCAUUGGGGAAAGUGACGAGCCUGUAACUCAGGAGCCCGAUAACACUUCCGUGCCCGAGAGAUUGCAGACAUCUGGAGCUGCAGCAGCUGUCCGCUACGCCCGUCGCAAGCAUCCUCCGAAAAGGCGCCAGGCUGUCAGUGAAAAGGAGGCAGCCUAUGCAAAAAUUAGUGAAACCUGUGACAGCUUAAAAGAGGAGUCACUAAAAGCUAUACGGAUAGUUUGCCAGGCUGCGGAAAGUGUUAUAAUGGCAGCAAACAGCAUCAAGGAUGCAGCAGACAGCGUCAAACAUGCCGCCUGCUAUUUACAAGAAAAAUAUUAAGAAUAGGCGACAGAUUUUUGUAUUAUGCUAAAUUAGGUUUGCAAUAAAAGAGGAACAUAUACAAAAAUAAUAUUUAUUUGUCAGAUUCCUCCAGUGUUGCGUGUGCGUAUAUGUGAUGCAUUAUAUCUGUUUUCUUGUUCAGUUUGGGGAUCCAGUGCCGGAGUCAACAAGUAAGACUUGCAUGCGUACCCUGAAUCUCCCAAAAGAUAACCUGAGUAACCUUCAUAUUCUAAUUUCUGACAAAGCCUAGAAUUAUAAAAAAUGCGGCUGUCAUGGACACUUCCUGGCCAACUACUAAUGACAUUAGUGAAACGCAUUUUUUCAUCGCAAACUGCCAUGACAUUUAGGGCAAAGUAACCCUUCCUACAGCAGUAUAAUUCUGCAGUGUCUCCGCCAGGACUCACAAUUGGAAUCAAUGUUCCAUCAAUACAGCCGAUGACACCAGGCAUGCCAGCGACAGCAUGAAAGUCCUCUGCUACCUGACGUGUAUUGGCAGGUUCAGGAAACUUGAUAUAAUUAGGUGACAUGCGUGUUAGUAUAACAGCUAUGCGGUGAACAAAUUUGCAGACUGAAGAAGCAGACAUCUCCAAACAGUCUGCCAUGGUUAACUGGAAGUUCCCGCUGGCAAAGUAGCGUAAUGCUACAAGAAGCUGCAGGUGACCAG